CGAGAAACGUGAAAAAAGAGUCAAUGGAUCGUCUCACCAACGUAUUCUCCGUGCUCGAGCUCGACGCCGACGACGACCAAGUGAACGCUUCUUCAACUUCCACGUCUGCUUCUGGUGCCAAGGCCAAGUCCAAGUCCAAGGCCAAGGCCAAAGCCAAAGCCAAAGCCAAAGCUUUCUCAAUCAACACAAGCACAGGAAAGAGAGAGGAGGAGAGAAACGGCUCCGAUGGGCCCGUGGUGAAGAAUGAGGAGCAGAGUCAGAUCGCUUCAGUCGAGAUGGCUUCGUCGGAUUUCAAGUUUCCUCUCGCGUGGAUUGACUUGGAGAUGACAGGUUUGAAUGUGGAAGUUGAUCGAAUACUGGAGAUUGCUUGCAUUAUUACAGAUGGCGAUUUGAACAAAUCAGUGGAGGGUCCCGAUUUGGUCAUCCAUCAGUCUAAAGAUUGUUUAGAUAAGAUGGGAGAAUGGUGUCAGACUCAUCAUGAAGCUAGUGGGUUAACAAAGAAAGUGCUUGACAGUACAAUAAGUGAAAGGGAAGCUGAAAAGCAGGUUAUAGAAUUUGUUAAGAGAAAUGUGGGUACAUCUGCAUACGCACCUCUUUUGGCAGGAAAUUCAGUUUAUAUGGAUUUCUUAUUUUUAAAGAAAUACAUGCCAGAAUUGGCUAGCCUUUUCUCUCACGUAGUUGUUGAUGUUAGCAGUGUUAAGGCUCUGUGCAUUCGUUGGUAUCCCAGAGAUCACAGGAAAGCCCCAGCAAAGGAAAAUAAACACAGGGCCAUGGAUGAUAUUCGAGAAAGCAUUAAGGAACUCAAGUUCUACAAAGCGAACAUCUUUAAAGAGAAGUCUAAGAAGUGAUGCAGCGAUUAUUACUCCUUUUAUGAAAUUUUUUGUUGUGGAUGCCAUCCUUCGUUAAGAUAAUUCAGGUUUCACAAAGCCUGUGAAAUUGCUCAUCGUUUAUGCAGUCCCAACAGGCUGGACGAGUAUAGUACGCCUUUGUGCCAUCUUACUUCACUUACACCUA